GGUAGCUGUGUGGUCCAUUGUCCAUUGAACGUGCGGGAGGCUGUGAAUCAUAAAAUGCCGCGUGGAAGGUGGUUUGAUGGAAUCGAGUUGGAGAAGUUAUCUGAACAAAGCGAGAGUUUUGCCUACGUCAGAGACAAAAUGUCAAAGACCAUCUGCCACGAUGAUGUUGAAAGCUACACCAUCAAAAAGGUUUAUAGAAUAAACAAUAAGUACACUUGGCCGCGCUACAAGAAAAGGAGAGCACAAAUAUCAAAGGAGCUGGGUGGGCAUUGGGUCGAGGAGAAACACCUCUUCCACGGCUCGCCGCAAGCCAAGAAAAUCGCCUGCGAAGGUUUCGACCGCGGUUUCGCCAAAAAUUCCGGGAUGUUUGGAAAAGGGGUUUACUUUGCCGAGAAUUCGUCCAAGAGCAACAAUUACGCAUUCGGCAAUUUCAAACCGUGCGACCAGCACCACAAUCGGCGCUGCCAGAUUUGCACAAGACAAAUGUUGAUUUGCAAAGUGGCUCUGGGCAGAAUUCAUCACUUGACCUCGACCGCCACUUCCCUGCCCAGAGGUUAUCACUCGGUCAAGGCAGAGCCCAACAGCAAUUUUCUUUUACAUCCCGAAUACAUAAUUUACAAUGAUGACCAGGUCUAUCCGAGCUUUUUGGUGGAGUACAAGACAAACUACAAGAGGAAACCCUAAAAUAUUGCCAAAAAAUCACAAAGAUUUGCUCAAGAUAUUUCACAAGGCCAAAUUCUUUGCCAUUUUCCUAUCUAAAACUUUAAAUUUUUAUUGAAAAAUUGAUCUGUUAUUCAAAGGUAUAUAUUUUUAAAAUAUAUGUAAUUAAUUGUGAUAUCUGCUAAAAUUUUUCGACAAAAUGAAACUCUGUAGCCUUCAUAAUUCUCCAAAUGAUAUUUUAAAACAUAGAAAGUUCAUUGAGUUUUAAAAAGCUUGAAUUUAUAUAAGAUUUACAAUUUUGAUAAAUAAAGUUGUUUUUA